UCCUGCGCGCCUGUGAAGGGUAGCGCGCGCCCGCCGUCUGCUGGCGCUGCGGGAGGUGGGAGAGUCAGCGCGCGCAGCGCUUAGACAGCGACGAAAGUGUGCGGGUGCCGGCCAGAGAGGCGUGGCGGGUGCCAAGAGUUUUAGUAUUAUAUACUCGCACUUUCCUCGGAUCCGCAAAGUGUCCUUUUGUGUGAAAUAAGACGGAACUAGAUCGCGAGACUAAGGACCCUGAGUAAGGAGUGAAGAUGGAGGAAGGUGCCCGGGAUGCAGACAGUGACGAAACAGUGAUCGAGGGAUCGGUGACAGAGAGCGACCAGGACGAUGACGAGCUGCCCUGGAGAAGGUUGCUCUUUAAUAAAGACACAGCAUGUAGAUCUGAAUUCAGUCCCCGUCCUGGUGUAAAUGGAAUGUGGAAAGGUAUACAUUCUCCUGAGAUUCAACAUGUGCUCAAACUCAGAAAGAACUCAGAAGAGCAAAAGAAUAAAAAGGAGGUGAUGCAGACUCUUAGUGAAGACACAAUGUUACAGGAAUUACGUGAAGACAGAGAUUCUCCUGAAACUAGCCUUCUCUCAGGUACUAUUAUUAGAGGAUCUGAUUUGAUUGCUCUAAAGGAGAAAUUAUUAACUGAACCAGCAGUAUCAAAUGCAUUUUCUGAGCCUGGAAAGGAAGUAACACUGACUACAACUUCUAAAGAAACCAAAGAUGAAGAAAGCUCUCUUGAAACUUUCGUGUCUGCUUUAGAAAAAUUGUUAGGAUCACCAGCAAGCACCCAAGAUGAAAGACUACUUGAAAUAAUUAAUGAUUUUGAUCCUGGAGAGUUGAUGAACCCAUUGAGCAACUCCUCGAGUUCCAUAUUAGCUCCUUUGAAUGAUUUGCCAGCAUGUUCUAGAGAUUUACUAGAAGGCAUGAAGGAUGAUGAUGCAUUGACACUGGAGUGGUUGACAGCCAUCAGCACAUUGCCAGAUGCCAAUAUAGGACCCAUCUGUCAAGGACAAGAGCAAGGCAGCAGUGUUAGUGGUGGAAAUGAAUGUUUAGAAGUAAAGCCUGGUAUGUCUCAGAUGGAUGAAGAUUGCACACAAAUAGCACAGACUGUGGACGACCCAAAAUCAUUUGGAUUUCAUACUUUGACUCAUAAAAAUGCAACCUCUUAUAAGAUACUAAAUAAUAAUGAAAAUUCAGAUCCCGUGAAAAAUACCUCUGUCAAGGGAACUCCAUGUGUACGAAGAAGAUCAUCUAGACUGGAAAAGCUGAGAGUAAGCAGAGAUAAAAAGCAUAGGGAUGACACGGCUAAGGUGUCAGAAAGGGUUUUACCAAAAACCCUUGACUGUGUGGAGCAAAUAAAUAAUAAAUCUCCAGGCAAGAAUUUCAGAAUGCAGAAUUCUGUUUUAAUCACUAAAGGUAAAAGGAACAGUAUGUAUUCAUCCAGACUCAAGAGUGAACAGAUAAAGAAAAAUGAACAACUUACAAUAAAAAAUGUGAAAAAGAAGAUUUAUAACAUGAGUCUUUCUAACAUAAACCGGAGAAACAUUUUUGGAGAGAAUUUACUGUAUAGAGCUGUUCUGCAUAACGAUGCUGAUUUGGUUCACCAUUGCAUAAAAAAUGGUGGAAAAGUCAAUCAGCCAAGUUACGCUGGUUGGACAGCACUUCAUGAAGCUAGUGUUGGAGGAUUUUAUCGGAUAGUACGUGAACUGUUAAAGGGUGGAGCAGAUGUAAAUAUCAAAGGAAUGUACCAGAUUACUCCCCUACAUGAUGCUGUGAUAAAUGGACAUCAUAAGGUGGCAGAGUUGCUUCUUUUGAAUGGAGCUGAUCCAUUAUUUAGAAGUGAUCAUGGAACGUGUGCUUUGGAUGAGGCCAAAGAUUCAUAUAUGAAGAAUCUCCUUAAAAAAUAUGUUCCUAAAUAUAAAAAUUGCCAUGUGUCAGCUCGAAGGAAGAACACUAACCCAGCAUAUGUAGAAGACGUCCAGCAAUACAAGAAACCAAGAUAUAGUUCUAAUAAUCACACUGAAUUUGUUCAUGACAAAAAUUCUAAUAGACAGAAUCCAAGACAUGUAGAAAUCAAUAAAGGAAGCAAAGAUUUACUUACAAAUAUAGAAGGUAUAUAUGAACAUUACCAGAAAGAUUUCAGGAUCACAAAAUUUCACAAGCCCAAGCAUAAACAAUCAACUGUUGACCAAAUGCACUCUAUAGGACUCAGAAAAGACAAGCUCCACAGUGUCAGAGAUAACAGAACUAGCGUGUCUGAAAGAAAAGGACGAGGAAACAUGCAGCACAGGUGGACUCAAGUAGAUGACAGAGUUUGCAGUUUAAGUCAGGAAAUAGCUAUUUCUUCUUCCAGGAGAAUGAAUACAUUGGCUACUCAUGAACAGCAUACUCUCCAAACCCUGGAUGACCUUCCAGAAGAGUCAUGUGAAUUUUCUACCCCAACUCUGUCAAGUUUGAAAAAUGGAUUUGAUGGCAAUAAUGAGGCUUGUUUAGCUUCCGAAGAGUCACGUACCCAUAACCUGGAUUUAUCAAGCAGUCAGGAAGUCCAGUGCUUAGAAUUAGAAUCCAUUGAUCAAACUAAAGCUGCUUCCUUCUCUGGACUUUCAUUAUAUAAAGAAAUUAAAUUUCCAGUUGUUACCAAAGAUCAGCAGCCCCCCACCAACCAAGAACAAUGCAGUAACCCUUGUCAGUUCCCUGAAAACUAUAGCUCAGAUAACAAAGGCAAGAACAUUAAUGAAUGGGAAAAUUCUUUUGUAUUGUUUAUAAAGGGACAUGUUGAUAAUGAUGGUGCUCACUGCACCUCUGAGAUGUCUAUAACAUCAAAAAUAGAGAUACAUUCUGUAGAGUACACAAGUCACUGCAAUAAUGAAGAGACUAGAACAAAUAGAGAAGAAAUGGAUACUCUACAAUGUUCAUCUUCUGAAAUGUGUAUUUCACGGGAAAAUGACUUAAAAACAGGGAGCCCAAUUCUACUUCAACAACAGAAAGCUAUUAGUUUUUGUGAUUCAGAUAAUACGUUCAUUUCUGAACAACAUGUUGCAAAUUGUGAACAGUACAUAUAUGAAACUUCUUUUGAUCACUCACACACCAAUACUGACCAAACUUUCCUGCCUUGUACAAGACUGCCUUUAACACAUGAAAUUUCAAAGUUGACUAGUCAAGUGGAGCUAUUAGAAAAAUCUCAAGAUAAUGCCCCCAAAGAACCAACUCCUUUAAUAAAUCAAACGGAUACAGACAAUGUGGAAAACAAACAAGACAAUGAAAGGAAUCACACUAUGAAAGGCCAAACACCAAGUUCUUCAAAUAGCCCUUUCCCCACAGUUGUUCAUUCUCAAGUAACAGAAACAACUAAAGUGGAAAAGAGGAGAGAAGACCUUCCAGAGAAUGAAACCAUGUGUAAUAUAGACUUUCAUUCCACUGGCAGUAUGAAGAAAAAAUUGGCCAACAUCUCACAACUUAAUCAAAGAGAAGAGAAGGAAAUUUACCACAAGUCAGAGGAACUAACUAAUACCAGAAAAAAUGAAAGCGCUGUAAGAAACUGUAAGGAGAAAAAAGAAAAAAUAGAUUCAGAAAUUCACAUGCCUCCUAAUUCCCAAGAGCACAGAAAAGAUCAGAAUUUCAAAAAAAGCAAAAAGUUCUUGAAAGCUGCCUGCAGCCAAGAAGUGAAUACUGCUCGGAUCCAUAAGAGGAAUGCCAAAGGGGAAAGCCAGCUUCAUUUAGCUUCCAGAAGAGGAAAUCUGUCCCUAGUGAAAAGUCUAAUAGAAUCUGGAGCAGAUGUGAAUCUAAAAGAUAACGCAGGUUGGACACCACUUCAUGAGGCAUCUAAUAAGGGAUUUAGUGAUAUAAUUUUAGAGCUAUUGAAAUCUGGUGCAAAGGUAAACUCUGAAAAUGUAGAUGGAAUUCUGCCCUUGCAUGAUGCUGCUGUGGGGAAUCAUUUAAAGGCAGCUGAGAUACUACUAGAACAUGGAGCGAACCCUAAUAAAAAAGAUCAGAAUCAGAAGACUGCUUUGGACGAAGCGGAUGAUGAAAAAAUGAAAGAGUUGCUAAAAUUGUAUGGUGCUGUUGAGUCUAAUAAUGGAGAUGAGAGUAAUUCUACGGUUACUGUAAAAAUUCCAGAUAUUCAGCCAAAACGAUAUAAGCAGUGUACUGACGAUAACAAAACUGUUGAUCCUCCUGCCCCUUUUCAUCAAGCGAAAAGAAGUGAAAGCCUUCCUGUGCAUCAGACCAUCAGUGCCAUUCUACGAGACAUAGAGGAAAAGCAAGAUAAUUUAUUAGAGUUUGAAAUAAGAAACCCUGAAGAUGCAGAACAAUACAUUGGAAAGAUGUUAGAGAUAAAAGAAGUUAUGGAUAAUAUACUUGCUCAACAGAAAACAGAAAGGGAUGAUCUGGCUAAAAAAUACAGGGUAUCCAUGGACUCAUUUAAGCAUGGGGCCCUGCGAGAACAACUAGCCAACCUGGCCACAAGACAGAAGAGCCUUUUAGUUGUGGCAAAGAAACAGAAAAAAAUAAGAUCGAAAAUUCAAAAUUAUAAGACUGCCACACCAUUUUCUAGUCUUAGUUUAAGGAAAUUGCCAUGCAAUUCAGACAACCGAAAGCUUACUAGUGUGGAAAAUUCAGUGCAUUCCCAGUCAGGCUCAUGUUCUCUUAUCAAUGUUGCUGAUAGAAGCAUGCAAGAAGUACCAUGGGAUGACAGCCAAAAUACUAACACUUGUCUAAAUUCAGAGUCAGCCAGAAGAGAAGAAUUCUCUAGAAAUGAGGUGAUUUCUAAACAAAAUGUCCAGCAUUGUACCUUGGGUGGGUUAUUGAAAUCCAGGCACUCAAAUGGCCCUGAGAAGAUGAAGUUAUCAUCCCAACCUGUUGCUUUUAUUGAUCAAGUAGAAUAUUCACAAGAAGAAAAUGUUCUUACAGAAACUAUGGCCAAAGGGCAUGAAUUUGAUAGUUCUCCUGCAGUAACCAGCACAAUUAAUAUUUCAGAAGACAAAAGUGUAUUUUCCCAAAAUGAUACCUGUCCAGCAACUGUUACUUGGGAUCAAGACCUCUCCCAUUGUGAUCCCAAAAGAAGAAACAAGAAAAGAGCUUCCCAGCAACCACCUGGAGGGUUAUGUGAACCCCUGGCACAGCAAGGGAUUACUGUCUUAGCCACUAAUACUGCGCAUCAGGCAAAGCCUUGUCUUAAAGAAACAGCUUCUUCUGUUUCCCAUGCUGAGGGCAUUCAGAUCUCUUCUUCCUCUAGGUCCAUCCAUCAACAUUCUAUUAAAAAGCCUUUAAACCACAAUACAGCUCCUAAAAAGAAAAGUGUGCAGUUGAAAGAUUUGAUAUUGCUUGGAAGAAUUAAGCCGGGAAAUAACAUUCUGGAAUUCAAAACACAGGAGACCACCCACAAAGCCAGUAUUUUAUUAAGUGGUAAACUCAAGGUAGAAAGUGGUCAGAUUUAUCAAAGCCCAGUUACCUGGCUCAAGGAUCUUCUGGGAGGCAACAGUUAUGUCACCUGGAACUAUGCUUGGAGUAAGGUAACAUAUCUUGGGAAGGAGCUUUUGAAAUAUGUUUCUGAAGACGUCCCUGCACCUCCAGAACCCAAUAACACAGCUCAGCACCAUCACCCAUGUCUGCCAGCAGGCACUUCCAGAAAGUCAGUGGAAAGCAUCCCUCACUAUCUACAGAUAAAAGAAAUACUUUUAAUCAGCGAUCAAGAAUUUCUGCCAAGCCAUGUAAUGGAUCAGCAUUGGAAGUUCUAUGUGGAAUGUGAGGAGCUAGAAUUCUGAAGUCUUGUAUUCUUAAUAGUUUACUUGGUGUUUGUUUAGUAUUAUGAACAGCCUUCCGUCCUUUAGCUUGUAUGGUGGGCCUAAUUUAGUAGUGGGUUACUACUAGAGAUAAGUAUUUACUGUUAUAAGAAAAUUGUUAUGGUAAGUGUAAGACUUUUUGCCAUUGAAUAAAGACAUUUCUGAAUAA